UCUUCCUCCCACAAAGCAAAAUACCCCUACUUCGUGAUACCCGAGCUAUUGUGCUCUAAUUUCUAUUGCUUUUCCUUUGAGAUACCCUAUACCCACGCCUUUUUCCCUACGAAGCUCAGCUUCUUUAAUUCUUUAUUAUUUUAAUCAUGUCUGAAGUCCAGAAGACUGUUGAGGAGACCCCCGCGGUCGUCCCUGCCGUUGAGACUGCCGUUGAGACUCCUGCUGCCACCGAGGCUGCGGUUGAAGCUCCCAAGGAGACCACUGAGGCCGCCGAGCCCACUGCCACUCCCGCCGUCGAGAACACCGAGGCUGCUGAGGCUGUCAAGGAGGAGGUGAAGCCCGCUACUGAGGGCGUUCUCGGCUACAAGGCCCCUGGUCUGGUCAAGGGCUUCCGCUUCGCCAAGCGCUUCUUCUACUUCAACGAGGAGGCUGUUGAGAGCAAGCACCUCUCCGUCUUCCACCAGAACGAGAAGGCCGCCGUCGCCAACCCUACCGCCGCCUGGGCCAGCCAGACCGGCAAGGGUCUGCUUUUCUUCACCAAGCGCGCUGAGGACAAGGCCACUCCCGCUGGCAUUUUCAACCUCGCCGAUGUCUCUGACGUGACCAAGGAGGGUACCAGCGAGUUCCUCUUCAAGGUUGCUGGCCAGAAGCACACUUUCCAGGCUUCCAGCGCCGCUGAACGCGACAGCUGGGUUGUCGCCAUCGAGGCUCAGGCCACCGAAGCUAAGGCCGAGAAGGAGGCCAUCACCUCCGGUGAGGGAUACAAGGCUGAGCUCGAGAAGCUGACCAAGCCUGCCGUCGUCGUUGCCGCCAAGAAGCUCGAGGAGAAGAAGGCUGAGGACAAGAAGGAGGAGACCCCCGCUGUUGCUGCUGAGGCCGCUCAGGAGGAGCCCAAGGAGGAGAAGAAGGAGGAGAAGGUCGCUGCCAAGAGCCGUUCCCAGUCCCGCAAGCGCACCAGCAUCUUUGGUUCCCUCCUCGGCAAGAAGGACGCCGAGGAGAAGAAGGAGGAGACUCCCGCUGCCGAGGAGACCAAGGCCGCCGAGCCUACCGCUGAGCCCGCCGUUGAGGCUCCUGCCCCCGUCGUUGCUGAGACCACUGAGACUGCUGCCCCCGCUGAGGUUGCCGAGCCUACUGCUGAGAGCCCUGUUGAGACUACCGAGGCCGCCAAGGAGGAGGCUAAGGAUGAGAAGAAGGCCGAGAAGAAGGCCAAGCGCGCUUCCAUCUUCGGUAACUUCUUCCAGAAGGUCGCCAGCCCCUCCCAGGAAAAGUCCGAGAAGGAAGCUACCGCCCCCGCUGCCGAGGAGACCCCCGUCGCCAGCACUGCUCCUCAGCUCGAGAACCCCGUCGAGGAGGCCGCUGUCAAGCCCAUCGAUGCUGAGGCCGUGACUGCCCCCGCUGAGGCUGUGGAGACCCCUACUGCUGAGACUCCCGCCGCCGAGGCCGUCUCCACCCCCAAGGAGAAGCGUCGCACUUCGUUCUUCGGCAACCUUGGCAUGAAGAAGGAGAAGAAGGCUGACUCCUCUGACAAUGAGGUCACCGAUGGUGAGGCUAAGGAGACCAAGGCCAAGAAGCUCGGCGGUCUUUUCCGCAAGCCUAGCAAGGCUGUCAAGCUCGACAAGGAGGAGGUUACUGCCGCUGAGACCGAUGCCAAGGCUGACGCCGCUGAGGAGGGCCCCGCUGUCCCUGCCAAGGAGACUGCCACCGAGGAGGCCCCCGCUAUCGCCGAGGAGACCCCCGAGACCGCCGAGGGCUCCAAGAACGUCAACGUUGCCGCCGCGACCCCUGUUCAGGCUGCCGCAUGAAGUGCGACUCGGAGACCUGUCGUGGAGUUUGAACGGUGGUGGGAUAUGUCCUAUCCAUCGCCCGCCCGCGAUAUCCCUGACGCUCUAAUUGAGACCUGAAGGUGCAAAUUUGAUACCACUUCGCUCCACUUGUUUUGCUUUUCCCUCGCCACUGUCGUUGUUUUCAGUAUCCACGGCCCCCCUUAUUUCUGGGCUUGGACCUGAGAUGUCGACAAUGAGAUACCCGCUGUCGCUUUUUUUCCUUGAUCUUUAUUUCUCUAAAAUAAUACCAUCGGCGCCAACUACGCCAGCAGUUCUUUGGACUGCGGUUCAUUCCUUUACGACCUGCGUCCUGCGACUGUGACUCUAUUCGCGACGCGACUAUGUGUUACGUGGUGUGUCGUCCGACUAGAUUGAUACCACUCUGCCGUUUUUUUGGUUUCUUGCUUUUGUGUUUGAUACCCUGUGGGGAGGAUGGGUGCUCUUUUUGAUUGUUGCCUGAGCUUUGGAUCUGGUCUCUUGACUUGUUUCUUCCUGCAACCCAAAUUGACCCUCUAAUGUUGUCUACCGUUAUUGUCCCGAACGGCUGGUUUAUAUUCCGCCCGUAGAGGCGACACACCUUGCGAUAGGUAAUACUUAAUAGAAUCUCUCAGUUUUUCGCUUUAUA